AUGCUCUCAAAACAAUUUAUGCGUUAUUCAACUCGAAAAAUCUCAAACUCGGCCAAUUUCAAAACUCUUCCAUAUUUCUAUCAUAAUCUCGAUUCCUCUUCUACUCUUCCACGUGGCGAAGUUAGUCUAACUCGUCAAGAUGCUCUCAAAUUUUACACUCAAAUGAAACGAAGUCGAUUGAUGGAAAAUGAAUGUGCACCUUUAAGUCAACAAGGUUAUAUCAAUCAAUUAUGUCAUAUUUAUAGUGGACAAGAGGCUUGUGCUGUUGGAAUAUUUGCAGAAAUGCAUGAAAAAGAUUUGGCAAUCACUUCGUAUCGAAAUCAUGUUUGGGCACAUUUAUUGGGUAACUUUCAGCUUUUGUCUAGAAUUCUUUCUAGGUUUAUUUUUCAGGUGCUGAAGUGUCAGAAGUUCUAACUGAAUGUACAGGUAGAUCAACAGGAAUUGUGAAUGGCAAAAGUGGUUCAAUGCACAUGUUUACCGAUCGAUUUUUUGGGGGUAAUGCAAUGUUAUGUGGACAGGUUCCGAAUGGAGCAGGAAUGGCAUUGGCUAUGAAAUUGAGGUGAUCAGAUAAUCGGGGAUCUCUGGGGCCAAAAAUGUGGCCGGAUGAAAAUUUGGAGCGUUUUGACACCAAACAAGCUAAAAAUCAACUUAUUUUCGAGAAAAGUAAAUUUUUCAAAAUAAAAAAAAAUCUUUCAAAUUUUCACUGUUUCAAAAAUAUAUAAAAUAUCUAUUUCUGAGAAUUAAUUUUUUUAAUAAAAAUACCGAAUUUCUGAAAUUAAAUUCGGAAAUCUUCCUAAAACCUAGCUUUCAAAAUUCAAAAACGUUGUCUCUAUUUUCUAAAUGUGGAGAGAGUACUGUACAUUUUUGGCGCCAAAAAUCGGGUCAUUCUACGACAACAAUCAUUUUUUUCUAAUCUAUGAAUUUUUUUAUUUUCGACUCUAAAUCCAUCAAUUUCCUCCAGAAAAGAGCCGCAAAUUUGCGUAACAUGUUAUGGCGAUGGAACAGCGAAUCAAGGUCAAUUAUACGAAACUUAUAAUAUGGCAAAACUAUGGAAUUUGCCAAUUUUAUUCGUUUGCGAAAAUAAUCGAUUUGGACGAGUUGUUGAAUCAGAAACAUUGACAUCGAAUACAAAAUAUUAUACGAGGUGAGUUAGGAGGUGACACGUGGCAUUUUCUGUUGUCAAAAUCCACGUGGAAUAGGAAAUUUAAAAGUUAGAAUUUAAGUCUUGAGAAUCAAGAUUUUAAAAAAUUUAUGAGCUAUAAUUUUUUUUUGAAAUUUCAAAUUUUAGUUCAAAAAUGACAUUUUUCGAGUCAAAAAAUGUUCAUUUUCCUCAUUUUUAGCACAAAAAAUCCCAUUUGAAUUUUUUUCCAGAUGCGAUUAUAUUCCGGGAAUUCGUUGUGAUGGAAUUGAUAUAAUAUCAAUUCGAGAAGCGGCUCGUUUUGCACGGAAUUUCAUAAUUUCCGGAAAUGGUCCCCUGAUUCUCGAACUACAAACCGAAUAUCACGGACAUUCAGCUGGACCCAAUCCGAAAACACCGCCACGUGAUCCGAUUUUCGAAUUUCGCGCCAAAAUUUUGACGCAAAAUUUGGCAGAAGAAAAAGAAUUGGAUGAAAUUGAUAAGGAUUUGAAGGUGAGACAUAAAAAUUGUCAGAAAAAACAAAACCAAUAAACAUUUCAGAAACUCGUCGAAAAAGCAGUAUUUUCUGCAAAAAAUGACGAUUUUUUGCCGAUGGACGGACUUUUUUACGGAUAUUUAUCAUAA